AUGGAUUGGCGCUUCUGGUUCUGUGUCCUGGCUGGUUUAAUACAGAUUUUGAAUGGUGUGUCAGGUGAUAGAGAAUACAGAGCUACCAAUGUUCAAGUUGAGUUAUGGGAAGGAGAAGGGACCAUUUUCUGGGCGCCUCCACUUGGAGGUCCAACAGAUGCCCUCUAUCAAGUUCAGCAACUUAGAUACACGAACUAUCCUCAAAUCUGGGAAAAUGUGACAAACUGUGAGUUGAUUCAAGACACAAAGUGUGAACUUGGGCAUGUCGGAUCAGAACCAACUUACUUGUACCGGGUCGGGCUUCAGAGCAAAGACGGGGUCUUCAGCUGGUCCAGAUCGAGGAGGGUCAACGUGAGAGACAGUAAACUGCGUGCUCCCACUUUCUCCAUGUCUUUCCCCUCCUCAACUAAAGCCAGAGUCAGAGUUCAUAAGAGGAGCAUUCGGUCAGAUGUCUUUCCCUCCGGUCUGCGUUACACAGUCUAUCUAAGUUCCAGAGGCGGAGAAAACAAGACUCUAGAGAAGAUUGUGCCGAAUGAUGAGGAUGAAGUAGAGUUUGACCACUUGGAGUUAUGGCAGGAAUACUGCAUCUAUUUAAAAGUGGAGAACAUCGCGAACGUGGCAUUCAACACGUCCUCAGAACAAUGUUUUCAAACUCGGCCAGACAUGCUGCUGAUAAUCUCCUUUGUGAUCGUUGGUGUUCUGGGGGUUAUGGCUCUGCUAAUUCUUGCGGUCUGCUGCUUCCUGAGACGUCCUGGCAAACUGCCUUAUGCCCUGAAAUCCGCCGCGAGUAGUUGGCACCCCAUGAUGCCAGGAGUGGUAAAGGUCGAGACAGUCACAGACAGGGGAUGGUUCCUGUCCAGCGGCAGAAUGGAGGGGAUGGGGCAGAUUUCCGAAGCGAGGGCGGGAAAAGCCGAAGACGAGAAAGAGAGACGGGCGAGCAUGGACAGCGGUGUCAGCGUGGAGCCGCCGCCCGUGUCCGGUAACAAAGGGGUGGCGGUCCAAGAAGACAGCGGCUGCGGAAGUCUGAAAGAGGCGGAGGACGGCACGAUGAGCGGGAGAGAGACGGCGGAAUUACCUCUGCUGGCCGACAGUGACAACAGUAGCCAUGGGAACAGGAGGGAGGACAGCGGACUCAGUAUGGGGAACCACGAGGUACCCGGGAGUUUGGAAGGGGAGGACAGUGGGCUCCUCACCGAGGUCGUGGCUGAGUUUGGGGACGGAUAUCGGAGCCAAAGCCCGUCCAGUGUGAGCGUCCAGAUCUCGGAGACUGAAGACAAUGUCAGUCCCCACUCCUGUGCUACAGACAUUAAUCUGGCAGCCCCCUCGGCGGGAUACAGGUCUGGCAAAGUGACGUGCGUGUGUUUACCUGAUGAAUUCUGCAUCUGGUGUCAGGCAAGAAAACACUAUUUGACCAAGAACCGUCACUCAGCAAAUUCAGAACUGACAGAACAGUGUGGCCAGACAGCAGUUGAUGUGGGUAAUCCCGACCCGACAAUCUCUAGCUAUUUGAAAAAGAAUCUUCAAACAGUGACCAUGCUAGACUUUGAGGAGAUGCUUUCUAAUCGGCCUCAAACAGACUGCCAUGAAAACUCUUCACUACAUCUCUCCUUACCAUCAUUUGCUGUGGAACAGGAAAGUUUCACACAGAAUACAGGCAAUUUGUCUCUCAUGCUCUCUGAUAUGGAACUAACUUUUGGAUGA